AGUUCGAGCGUGGGCGGUGGUUCAGACGACCACCAGUCUUCAAUGUCCAACGACUCGCCCACAGUAGAGACACCUAGUGAAACAGAGGGUGGUGAAGAGGCUGGUUGUAGUGCGCUGGUGAUGAGUAUAGCCGCAGAGGUGGUGGUAUUUGAGGGGUGGGAGAGCAAGGUUCUUAGCGGAAGACUGGACAACCUUCGUAAGGCCCCCAAAACCCUACCGGUCGGAUUUAGGUUCAGGGCAGCACUGCAUCAUGAAGUUGUAGAUGGGGCGGCUACAAUAAAGGGGUACAAAAAAUUAGAGGAGAUGGUGAGGAGGUACCAUAUCCCCAGAACCGUCCUGAUCCGAGCUGGGACACCGAACAAACGGUAUGAGCUGGCCCUUACCCAGCUCACUCCCAACAACAUAAAGUUUAUCAUAGGCUUUAUGCUGUUGUGUGAGAGGCUAGGGAUGCCUGCAAAGGCAGCGGUCUUCAGGUUGCUCUUCUUGUGCUGUUUGUGUCCCUCCACCAGCGGUACGAGAUGGUAUUACAUCUCUAGGAGAGAGAAGAUGAUGAUAUUCACCAAUAUCAGAAAUAAGGUGGCGAGGUGGAAAAGACAGUUCGUUUUCAUUCGAGACACACGAACUGAGAGGAUCAAUAACGAGCUCGCCGCCCGUUUGUCGGAGUGGCGCACACCUACCACGUAUAUGAACUACCCACAGCUGACAAGUGGUGAUAUCAACCUAAAGAACCGGCUGCUUGAACAUGUGAAGGCAGGGGUUUUAGUGGAUCUGGAAACCUUGGUUAUCCCGGAUCAGAUCGCACUUCUUGGGUUUGUCGACGUGGCAAACCUUCACGGGGAAGCAUUCUGGAGAGGCAGCGCCAGCGAGCACAAGGCUCAAGGGGCCGGGGAGCUGGGUCAGGUUCCCAGCGUCAAUCCCGGUUUGACUAGCGGUCACCUACUGCACCGGGGCGCAGCUCAUAGCAUCGAAGUUCCAGCUCGACACAGAGGCCACAUGUCGAGCAUAGAGUUGAGCCUGCGCCCUCCAGCUCCAGAAGGCGCGCAAGGGAGGACUCUGACGCAGAGGAUGACGUUCCACUCAUCCGGCGGAGGACGAGUACCGGCUUGCAGCCCACCCCAGCGGCUGCUGCACGACCUGCCAGCGUGCCCCAAGUGCCAGACUGAGUGCCAGACCGCUAUGUUGCAGGGUAUGCAGAACUUUGUGCCCCCUGCAGAUCGGCUGCGCGCAAAGGGGCACAUUCAGCAGCAUAGGGGACAUGCUGCCUUAAUCAAGCUGAUGGAUGCGUUCAGCUACACUGUCGCGCUCUUUGAGUGCGAGCAAGGAAGCUCGGAGAUGGCCAACCGGGCGGCGUCAGCAGAGAGCAGAGCUGAUGAGUUGGCCCGUAAGGUGGAUGAGUUGAAGGAAGAGCUCCAACGAGCUCAAGUGGAGAAGGACACCAGCAUCCAGGCUGCCAAGGAGGAGCUCGGUCGUGCAGAGGAACGAGCUAGGAAGACAAAACUCCACCAGCGCGACGUCUGCUUUGCUCGCGCACAAGGGGUUGAGUGGCUGAUGGGAGCAGAGAUGCUCCAAGACGCCGUCGCUGUUGCCCCAGCCAACACCACCACGGACAUUUUCAACGAAGUUCGUGGGAGGGUGCUACACGUCCGGGCUGACUUCCCCAUAGGAGAGCUGGCCUUCUUCGAGGGCGAGGAGAUCGACAACGAAAGGAAGAGUCUUGCCCCUCCAGUUGACACCAGGGUGGCAGACCCCCAUGAUGUGCCUGCUAAGCCUUCCAGCACUCCUCCUUCUGCUCAGCCUCACCCCCAGCUCGCCUCGGCCACUGUUCCUGCUCCUUUAGAUCGAUCAUCUCCGGCUCGAUCUGUUUCUGCACUCAACGAUGCAUCCAUCCCCGUCGACCUGACGGAUGACUAGCUUAGGAUUUUCUGCUCUUUCUUUUGUAUUUCUUUUUAUAUUUUUGUUUUAAUCAAUGAACUCAUUCAACAUAUGUACUCCACAUGUAAAAAUUCAUUGAUUAAGUAUAAAUUCUAAUUUUUUUC